ACCGGACGCGACGGUGCCUAUUUUUUUUUUAUACCCUCCCUUUUCCGUUCUGUCCAUCAUCAUCAUCCCUCUCUCUUUCUCAGGAGAUGAUGCUCCAUGGUAAAGGCACACCUGCUUUUCAUCUCUCGGCUUAGGCAUAGUGCCAUUUCUCUCGUCUUUCUGCCAGCGUUCGCUGAGGUAUUCCAACAGAGCUGCCUCAAACCGCGAAGAGUUGCGUCGGAAGCAGCGCUGCCUCUUUAGCGGCUGAUCCUCAUCUUUAUUCCUUUUCCUCCUCCCUGUUCUCGGUCAGAGCUGUCGGGGAUGGAAGCGCGCGCUGGUCGCCUCUUCAUGGACUCACUCUCUGCAAUUAUUACCGCUCACGCUGUCGCUCAAAGGUGCUGACUGGAAAAACAUGCCGUUGAAAUGGAAAAGCGGUUCGCCCGUGAGCUGGAAAUUCCCUGUGCCCGUCCUUAAAACGUCCAGGUCCUCUCCACUGUCUCCUGCAUACAUCCACCAGCACUCGUUUGUGGUGUGGACCACCCACUCUCUGCUUGCUGCAUCUCCAACUUAUCACCUGACAGGAUCACUGGUGGAGGAUGAUGACGCUCAGAUGAUUAAGGUGUCACUGGGAUGCAGUGAAAUGGGACUGUCCUCCCAAUUGCAAGCCUCAAAAACGGGAAACACACGCUUCUUUACCAGCAACACACACAGCUCUGUGGUUCUACAGGGUUUUGACCAGUUGAGAAUAGAAGGCCUGCUGUGUGAUGUCACGUUGGUGGCAGGAGAUGGGGAUGAGACGUUUCCUGUUCAUCGAGCCAUGAUGGCCUCCUCCAGCGACUACUUUAAAGCCAUGUUUACAGGUGGAAUGAAAGAGCAGGAUUUGAUGUGUAUAAAGCUACAUGGUGUGAAUCGAAUUGGGCUAAAGAAGAUUAUAGACUUCAUUUACACCGCCAAACUCUCUCUCAACAUGGAAAACCUACAGGACACCCUUGAGGCUGCUAGCUUUCUCCAGAUUCUGCCUGUCCUCGACUUCUGCAAAGUCUUUCUCAUUUCUGGAGUGUCAUUGGAUAACUGUGUGGAGAUGGGGCGAAUCGCCAACACCUACAACCUCACUGAGGUGGACAAAUAUGUCAACAACUUCAUCCUCAAGAAUUUUCCCUCAUUGCUGGGCACCGGCGAGUUUGUCAAACUUCCAUUUGAUCGUCUAGCAUUUGUGCUCACCUCUAACAGUCUAAAACACUGCAGCGAGCUUGACCUGUUUAAAUCUGCUUGCCGCUGGUUACGUUUCGAAGAAGGCCGCAUGGAAUAUGCCGCAAAGUUAAUGCGCAAUAUCCGAUUUCCACUCAUGAGUCCAACAGAACUCAUAAACCACGUACAGACUGUCGACUUCAUGCGUACAGACAAUACCUGUGUUAAUCUUUUAUUAGAAGCCAGCAACUACCAGAUGAUGCCAUACAUGCAGCCAGUGAUGCAAUCAGAACGAACUGCGAUCCGUUCGGACCACACUCAUUUAGUGACUCUAGGGGGUGUUUUACGGCAACAGCUAGUUGUAAGUAAAGAGUUAAGACUUUUUGACGAGAAAGCGCAUGAAUGGAAGGCACUGGCGCCAAUGGACGCACCACGCUACCAACACGGAAUUGCAGUGAUUGGGAACUUUUUGUACGUGGUUGGUGGACAGAGUAACUAUGACACGAAAGGUAAAACAGCUGUGGAUACUGUAUUCAGAUAUGACCCGAGGUACAACAAGUGGAUUCAGGUGGCAUGUUUGAAUGAGAAGAGAACCUUCUUUCAUCUAAGUGCACUCAAAGGACAUCUAUAUGCUGUGGGAGGAAGAAAUGCUGCUGGAGAGCUGGCAACUGUGGAGUGUUAUAACCCCAGGACGAAUGAAUGGAAUUACGUGGCCAAAAUGAACGAGCCCCAUUACGGACAUGCAGGCACAGUUUAUGGAGGAUUCAUGUACAUUUCAGGUGGAAUAACCCACGACACCUUCCAGAAAGAGCUCAUGUGUUUUGACCCAGAUGCAGACAAGUGGACUCAGAAGGCUCCCAUGACGACAGUCCGUGGUUUGCACUGCAUGUGUACUGUCGGCGACCGCCUCUACGUCAUCGGCGGAAACCACUUCCGGGGCACCAGCGACUACGACGAUGUGCUGAGCUGCGAGUACUACAGCCCCGCCCUCGACCUGUGGACACCAAUCGCAGCCAUGUUGCGUGGGCAGAGUGAUGUGGGCGUGGCUGUGUUUGAGAAUAAGAUCUAUGUGGUGGGCGGCUACUCGUGGAACAACCGCUGUAUGGUGGAGAUCGUACAAAAGUACGACCCAGAGAAGGACGAAUGGCAUAAAGUUUUCGACCUGCCCGAGUCCCUCGGUGGCAUCAGGGCCUGCACGCUGACAGUGUUUCCGCCCGAGGACCUCUCGUUUUCUGGCUCACUGAAUCGAGAGUCUCCCCUCUCUGCUCCUUGAGAAUGGAUAGAGGGAGAGGGAGAGAGAGAGAGGAAUAAAGUGAUAGAAUGCUUGAUGAACAGAUGGAUGGAUUGACAGACUAAAGCAGCUCCAUCCCUGUGUGAACAUGCAUCCCUGUCUCUCUGGUUCUCUCUCUCUCUCUCUCUCUCUCUCUGUCUGUCCCCACAGGAAAAAGACAAUGUUUGCACUUCCCUCUGAAAUACGUUUCAAUCCGUAUGUGGUGAAUCUCCUCUCCCUUCCCUUAAAUAAUUCCACUUCUCUUCCUCAUCUCUCUUUUCCCUUCCUCCUGAUUGAUAAUGCUUAAAAAUCUUUCUAUCCCUCUCUCUUUCAUCCCCUUUUCCUUAUAUGUUUUGUGAUGAGAAUGAAAAAUGGAAAUACUCCAAGGGUUGAUCUCAAUCACAUGUUAACACUGCAUUUUUGGGGUUUGUUUGGCAGGAAUAAUCUUGACUUGAAAAACAAAAGACUUUGCAAUUAAGCCUUUCUACCGGAGUCUCUUGAGUUUUGCUAUGAAGACAUUUCCCUGAUGCCCCCAAUUCUGAGGUCAUCUCCCCUUCACAGUUCUCUCCUUCCCAUCACUUUCUCUCCAUUUUGCCUGCUCAUUUUCCCUGUUUCUGUCCACACUCAACUUUUUUUCCUGUUGCCCAAUUUUGUACCCUCAUUCUUUCUCUCUCUCAGGGGGUUAGUUGACCUUUGACCACAGGAUGAGGACAGUUUUAAACUCAGGGGUUGGCCUGCCUCCAUCCCGCCCUCUCUAACUGAUAUUUAAUUUAGCUACUUCUGCUGUUGUUAUGAACCAUUAACAGAAUUGUGUUUUCUAAAUUUAAUAAACAGAAUUUUGAAGAAAAAAUUGUUGUUUAGAUUACUUUUACUGUACAUUUUUCAUAAAUCUACUGUAAAAUGUCAGUCCCACAGCCUCUAAAAUGUUUUUGUGAGAAAUUACAGAAAGCAAUUUUGGAUGUUUUGGCUUUUGUAAACAACUUUGGCUCCUACAAAGUAUUUACCAGGAGAUUAAAGGUGCUGCAAGCGAUUUUAGCGUUCAGAAGGUUUCAAGUAACUGAGCUAUUAACCUAGCCAUGCCUCUCUCCCUCAGUCAAAAACUCCAAAGAUAAUUUUGAGACCAAAACAGAGUAAAAGAGCAGCAUUGUUUGUUCCUGUGGCUGUCAAAUUCAACAGUGGCACAAUAUUACCCUCAUCUGACAAACAAUAUUAAUCAUAGCCUCAAUGAUUAAUGAUAUGAUAGCAAAAUUAAUGACAGAUGGGAAGUGUCGUGGACACAUUUUUAUUUGCUGUUUACAAAGUCUACAGCUGUCACAGAGACCGGUAAGAUAUCUCAGGACACUUAUUACAUUCAUAUCUUUAAGGGAGUAGAAACAUUUUUGCAUACUUUUCCAUGAAAUAAUCGCUUUCAGCACCUUUAAUGUCUCUAAAAGGGCUUUUUUCUUCACAAAGUAUAUUUUUAGUGGGCUAACACCUUGUAACAGAGGUAUAUGUAUAAAGAAUAGGCCCUAAUGAGGUACAAGAGGUUGUGCUGUAUCUUGAAAACGCAGUGGAGUGCCUAUAAACCCUUUAGCAGUGACUAUAUUCACAAUAAAGUAUUGCCUUGAGAGCCUUAUUGCUUUUAUAAAAUGAUUACUACAUAAAUACAUGAUUACUAAACUUUUUUUUACUGAGCUAAGUCAUUCUUGCACCAGAAGAUAUACUCCUUGUCUUGUAAACCUUAGAAAUUAACAUUAACAUUUAUGCAUUUGGCAGACGCUUUUAUCCAAAGCGACUUAGUGCACUUAUUACAGGGACAAUCCCCCGGAGCAACCUGGAGUUAAUGGUGGUGGCUGGCUCCCCUGCUGACUCUGCCUUACUCUUAAGCUGGUAGAAGAGUGAGUUAACAAAAGCUGUUGAUUUUGACUGGUUUAGUGUAUCAUAUAGAACUCUGAUAUUUGGAUAUAUCUUCUGAUGGAGAGAGGGGUUGAGUGGAAGGCUGGAUCUAACCGC